AUGUCCUCUCCAGCUUCUGCUAACGAGAACAUCAAGGUUAAUAUUAAAUUGCCAGCUGUGUCUGGCAACCAUUCGAAUAAGAAGGCUGAAAAAAUCACUAUCCAAUUCAACAGGGAGACCAAGAUCCAAACCGUGCUGGAUGUAUUGGCUCUAUCUCCAGAGACGAAGUACCUGACCAACAUCGAUUUGAAACAUAACAAUCGUGUGCUAACCGAUACUGAAACUUUGAGCGGCCUAAUAUCUGAAAAAGACGAUUCUAUCGAGUUCGCCAUUCAAUUGAAACCUUACACUGCAAGGGAAGCUUUGAAGCAUGUGAUUGUAUUGCGUGAUUUUAUCGGAUUUAUCUCCGAGACGGAUGACAGUAUCUCUGAGUUUGCAGCCUCCACAGGUCCUAAAUUCCCAUUCUUGCCACUAACAGAUAUCAGAGAUAAGAAUGUUGAAUCGAAGGAUGACGUCGAGGAAGUAGUCGACAUCAAUAAGGAUGGUAAGAAGGAGGAGGAGAAAAAAAAGAAUAUCUUCCACGUUUCUGACGAAGAAAAGGCUAAAACGGCUAGUCUAGUCCGUGAGAUCACUUCCAAUGUUGGUGACUGCUCUGUGAAAAAAUUGCUUGCCGCGGAGACUAAAUUGAUCACCCCCUGCGUUCGUUCCAUUAGUUUAUCACAGUACAACCCAGUCCCAGCACAUUACAAAUCGAAGGGACAUUUGCUGUACUUACAGAUUGCUACUUUGGAAAAUGAAAACUUCCAAAUUACCGCUGUCCCAUCUGGGUUCUUUAUUAACAAGUGUUCCUCGACAAAGUUUGACCCUGAGAGGAAACCUAGCGACGAGCAUACACAUUUCCACAACGACACCCAUUACAGUCUAUUCAGUCUGCUCGCUGCUCACUCCAAGAAAUUUGUCUCCCAUGUCCAACAAAUGGAAUCAAAAUUGGGGAAAUUGGAGGCUGUCACCUACGUUAAACCACAGACAUCGUUCUUGCACAAACCUUGGUUGAUCUCUAACAACCCUAAUGCAUUGGUUGGCGAUUAUUUCAUGUUGCAAAGCGAAGCCAAUGAUGGAUCCGUCUCCUUUAUCAGAAACUUCAACGAUGAGUUCCAAGCCAUCAAGGAUCUACCCACCGAGACUCUGCCAGCCAAAAUCGAAACGGAAAGGUUGUUGGCGAAAUUGAUCCACGAGUUCUCUGUAGCGGCCACUAAGGAUGCCAUGUCGAUAAUGUACAACAACUUGGUUCCAAUGAACCCUGAUGCCCCUGAGCUGGAGCAGAUUUUCUUAAAGGAUAACAUCUUCUACUCCUUCGUUAACGACGUGACGGGGACUUAUCAAGAUAAAGGCGGUGACGAGGCUGCGAGAAUCGCCGUUAACCAAGACCUUUUGACCAUCUCAAUGUUAAACAAAAACGAGAUCACAGAUGUAAGAUAUUUGUUGACUACUGUUAUUGAUUUGGCUGGUAAAAGAGUGCUUGCCCAAACACCUGUCCCCGGGUUGCUAACAAACAUGGGCGUCGAAAACAUCAAGAAUGACGCUACUGGGGAAAGCGACAUGCGCGACCUGGAAAGUGACAUCGUUAUCAAGUACGGGUUGGAUGAGACAUCUCAAACAGUCGUCAAGGAUGAAGAUUUUGACAACCUGUUAAGUAAAAAAUUCGUUAAGCUUUUCCACUUGAAGAAAGCGGGCGAGAAGGAUGUCUGUUUCUCCUCGCAAUCCAAAGGUAUUAUCGGCUCCGAUAAGAGAAGCUACAUCAUGGACUUAGCCAACACGUACCCCUUGGAUGUCAAAUUUGCCAGAGAAAACUUUGACAACGUCCAGGACAAAUCGGAAAGAUAUCCACACAGACAAACGUUGUUGCGUCCUGAAUUGGUUGAGAAAUGGUGGAUGUCCAAAGUUGACGGCACUGAAAACCUAGAUUAUGAGAAGGCAUUGGAGGAAAAUAAAUUUUCCUACAACAGUGAUGCAUACCAAACAGAGGGUGUAGAGGAUGCCGCUGUCGAUGAAAUGUCCAACUACUUAGUGGGCACUGUUUUGCCAAAUGUUUUGGACGACUAUUUGAAGGAUAACGUCUCGCCACCAUACAGCGGCGAGCAUUUGGUCGAAACUCUGCACAAUAACGGUAUAAAUUUGCGUUAUCUAGGUAAGUUUGCCACUCUGGCUAAGGCGAACUUGAGCGAACAAAUCGCAGAACAUAAGGAAAAACUGAAGCAAAUUGCCAUUUCCAACAAGGAUUAUGAAGACUGGGAAGCGUCAUAUUUGAUAAAGAUUGAAAAGAUGAUCAAAGAAAGACAAGAGGAGAUCAACAAAUACGUCGAGGCAGGCAAGGAUGUGCCAGCAGCUUUGAAGGAAAACUUGAAAUUGGACGAUAAUGAGAUUAGAAAACCAACCAACGAAGAGCCAUUUGUCGUCAACAGGGAUGCGUUGGUGCCCCUAAUCAAGAUCUCUGAGGUUGAGAUGAUUGCACGUGCCACAAAGCAUAUUCUGAGAUACCACUCCAAGCGUAUCCCCGUCGUUGCCGUCACGUCAUUGGUCGCUUACGUUUUCAACCUACUCUUUGGAUUCGAAUACAACGAGACCCCAGCUGUUGAAUUCGUCGACGAGUUUUAUCCAGUUGACCAUUAUGAUUUCUCGAAGUUGACGAGGGAGAGUUUAGUCUCGUCCAUUGUCAAAGAAAUCCGCGUUCGUUUCCGUUAUGAGCUCAGCGAGGACGAUUUGAAGGAACAUUUGAAUAACCGCUACAUGCUAAUGAGAGAAAUUUCGUAUAGGUUUGGUAUCCAAUGGUUAAACAAGGACUACUUUUUCACUUUGGAAGAAUUUGAAACUUACAAGUCUUCCCAAGAUAAAAAGAGUAAGCAGAAGCUGGUUGCUCCUAUCACCACUUUCUCUAAGGAAGAUUUGACGAUCAUUCCACGUAUCAAGACCUCAAAGUACAGUUCUAAGACAAGUGACAAUUUCUGGAACAACGGUACAACGUUGAUCACGGAGGAGAAGCAAUCUGAGGGGUUAACUCUGAUGGCCCAAGGUAUUGCCAUUCUAGAGGAUAUUCAAGGUGGCAUCCAUACUGAUGUUGCUAGAAAAUACACCUCGAUGGCCAGUAUCUACAGUAAGAUGGGAUUCCUUCCUGAAUCCGUCGCGUUCUGCCGUAAAGCUUGUACGAUUUACGAAAGAACCUGUGGUGUCGACUCCUUUGAGAUGUUAAGGUCUCUGUUCAACCUGGCGUUGUUGGAGAUUGCCAACGACAGUCCAUACAACGCAACCUUGAUUUGCCACAGAAUCAUGACUACAUUGAAUGCCUACCAUGUCAACAAGUUCCACCACCCAACUAUCACCACUAUUUACAAUCAACUGGAGCAGAUAGCCCUAGGGUUAGAAAGUCCACAGUUGGCCAUUGAAGUGCUGACCAAGUUGUGUGAAAUUGUUGUGGAAUGGGACGGUAAAGAAGUCAUCUCGUACGCAUACAUUGAGUCUCAUUUGGGUAACUUGUACGCUACUCUCAAGGACUACCGUGCCGCAUUGGAACAUAUCUCUUACGCAAAGGACGUAUUCUUCAAUGAGCUAGGGAGCAACCACACUACGACUGCUUCUUCGAAGCAAUGGGUUAACGGGUUGAGCAACAUGAUCAAGGACCUGCACCAAAAGAAGAUGUUACAAACAGCUCAAAACGAUGUUGCCAGCGGUAAACCUUACCAGAGCAAGAAAAACCAUCACGCCAAGAAGGAGGAAAAGCCAAACCCUGAGCUUGCCGAUAAGUCUGUGGAUGAAUUGUUAAGUUUUAUCGAAGGUGAUGAGGAGAAAGGUUCGAAGAACUCCAAGCCCAAAAACAAGAAGAAGAACUCGAAGAAAUAA